AACGAAAGAUCCUUCUCGACUGGUUGGUUCAACGGCUGAGAACAUGGAUAAAAUCAGACUCGAAUUUAGGAAAUUUCUGUUGGAGCUAUCGAACGAUUUGGCGCCUCAGGAAGUAGAGAAACUAAAGUUUCUGCUUGAAAUCCCUGGAUCUGCCAGAAACGACAUGUCCGAAGCUUUCCAUGUUUUCCACUAUCUGUGCCAAGAUGAAAAGUUGACACCGACAGACUUUGCUGUGUUGCAGGACGUUUUAGAAAGCGUCAACCGCCAAGAUUUGAGAAGUAAAAUCGAUGGAAAGAAAGACUAUUUCGCUGAGUCCUACAUAGCAGAAUCUAAGAAGAAUCCGAUGAAUGCUCAUAUAGGCUGGAAGAAUGCAUGCCAGGCUCCACCCCCGCAGGGGAUUUCUGUGGAAGGCGAUGACGUGGUGACUGAUGCAGGUCCAGAUGCUAGUCCUUCAAGCUUAAAGUGUACAACUCUUCUUCCAUAUCAGCCUCCACCGUUUGCUUUCACCACUGCUGAAUCAUCAAGUGACAUGAGUAAGCAGGAGCAAAAAGAAGAUGAAGACAAUGGCAUGAGAAAGCAGAAACCAAAGGAAAGUGAAGAUACUGGAUUCGAUUUCAGUACUUUGGGGCCUCUUCCUGCCAUAGAUGAACAUCAAAUGAAAGCUCUGUUUGAGAGACUCACUCCCCUCCACUCUGAACCCUUAUUCCGACCCCCAAACUCUCAUUUUAAUCACAGGCCACAACGUCCUGCCAAUCAGCGCUAUGUCAAAGAUGAUUACGUGGUAUGGAUCGGGAACGCAGUUCGCACAGUGGAAAGCACACCAGAUGCUUUUGUGGUUGAAAUGAACAACGGAUCUGAGUUCACUAUUAACAUCAACAAUUCUAAUUCAUUUGAUGCUGAGGUUGACAUUGAAUUUGGUGGCCGGUACCUUGGUUGUUGGCACGUCGAGCACUUUAUGGUACAAGACCUUAAAAUCACUGGAAGUGCGUAUGAACCUGGUGCCCUUACAUUUUAUGGCCGUGAUGAAGGGCUGACACCUACAAAGGAAGUAUCCGCAGACAGCAUUAUCAAGCUGGAGUUUAAACCAGAUGCCCAUGGACUUCUUGUCCGUGGGACAUUUUACCCAGAGAGGCCAAUCGCCUUGCAAAGACACGCCUUCCUCAGCCAGGUGUUUACUGCCAUCGAGAAGAAUGUGGGAGGAGGCGACUUUAAGGUUGCUAUGCUUGUCAGACCGGAAUCAGAGAGACUUCACCUCAAUGCCAGCGAUGAGAGUGACCGCCAAACUCGUAUCGAUGACCUUGGUUUUAAGGUCAAUGAGCGUAUCAUCGCGCUGUCUGACAAUGAACGGGUGAAUGUCGAGCUACCAGACGGAACUGUUCACAAAGUCGCCUUCAGGCCCCUAUACGGCGGGCUGUAUGAGAUCAUAGAGGCAGUAGCUGAGAUAACGGAAGUGGUAAAAGAAAGGGUGAUGAUCUACUACAAAAACAUUCCCUUGCGGAAAGAGAAAAUGUCGCCAUUAGUGAUGGCUUUUGCCGAAGAAACCUGUCCUUCACUCAAAGCAGAAAUAGCCGAGGAAUUUACAGUGAAGCUUGAAGGCGGGUCACUGCCAGAUGGGGAGUCGCGAGAAAGAAAAGUCCACGAUUUUACCCUAAUCUACAUUCUCCUGAAAGAAUUACAAGAAGAAAAUCUGUGCAGCUCUAACGCCAAGUUGAGCCAUGAGGACAAGCGACUACAGCACGGGAAUUACCACAAGACACUGAAAGACUCGGGGGUAAAGAGUGGAAGUGUCAUCAAGAUGGUGGAAUACAAACCUUCACAGUCAUUUGAUCUCGAUGAAAAGAUCAAAGACGGGUACGACCUAAACUCAAUGGAGGACAGAAGCAUGGAUGUUUACACGCAGUAUCGCUUGCCGGAUAAGCGGUUUGGCAAGGCACACUGCCAUGCUUAUGGAGAUGGGGAUUUUGGAUUCGAUUACUCCCGACCUAGCCGUGGGUUCGCAACAAGGGGCUUUGAUGACUACCUCGGGAUCAUAUCUCUGGAGGGACAGCGCUUUGAUGCUCGCAAAAGAUACUAUGAAGAUUUGAACCGGGAACAAAAAUUUGAGAAAUUCCUCAAGUCCACAUUGAUCGUGAAACUCAUAUCGAGCCAGAACUGAAAAAGGAGAAGAACAGCGAGGCGAUGUAGCCAAAUAUUAGCUGAAGACAGGCUUGCUAGCAUAACGUUACAUUUUCAUUGUUUUUUAUGAGUUGAAGGAAGCCACUAAUGUUAUUUAGGGUGUUCGCAUGAAAACGCAUCUUGAUUGAAAUUGCAUGAAAACGCAUCUUGAUUGAAAUUGAACUACACGAUUGAACUAUACGAGUAUGGAAUAUACUACUCGUUUUAUGCUGUAUAUAAUCUGCAUUGUAGACAAAGUAUAUAGAUAAUUGCCAAUAAAACAAGUUAAAAGUU